AUGGAGGAGACGGAGCAGAGCCCCCGCCACGAGCCCGAGCCCGAGCCCGAGCCGCCGGCGCAGCCCGAGGAGCCGGCGCGGCGCCGGGCCCUGGUGCUGCCGGCGCCGGGCAACCCCGCGCUGCCGCCCCGCAUCACCAACUUCUUCAUCGACAACAUCCUGCGGCCCGAGUUCGGGCGCAGGAAGGACGGCGCGGAGCCGCGGCUGGCGGCCGGCACGGAGCUCCGCCGCAGCCCGUCCGCCGCGCCGCCGGCCGGGGGGCAGCUGCCCGGCGCGGGGGGCGGCUCGCCGGCGCACGGCGAGGGCGGCUCCAAAGCCCUGGCGCUGCACGGCGGGGCCAAGAAGGGAGGCGACUCCGGGGCGCUGGACGCCGCGCUGAAGCCCCGCGGCGCGAGCGGCGCCGACCUGUCCGUCAGCUCGGACUCGGACAGCUCCCAGGCCGGCGCCAACCCGCCCGGCCAGCCCAUGCUCUGGCCCGCCUGGGUCUACUGCACCCGCUACUCCGACCGGCCCUCCUCAGGGCCCAGGUCGCGCAAACCAAAGAAGAAGAACCCCAACAAAGAGGACAAGCGGCCCCGCACCGCCUUCACGGCCGAGCAGCUGCAGAGACUCAAAGCCGAGUUCCAGACCAACAGAUACUUGACGGAGCAGCGGCGGCAGAGCCUGGCCCAGGAACUCAGCCUCAACGAGUCCCAGAUCAAGAUCUGGUUUCAGAACAAGCGGGCCAAGAUCAAGAAGGCCACGGGCAGCAAGAACACGCUGGCGGUGCACCUGAUGGCGCAGGGACUCUACAACCACUCCACCACGGCGAAAGACGGCAAGUCCGACAGCGAGUAGGGCCGGGCGGGGCGGGCGCUGGGCGGCCGAGCUCAUCCCAUGCAAUAAUUUAAAGAGAGAAUAAAGCAGGACAAACAACCCGUGUGUACAGACGAGACCAGCAUCCGUAGCGGAGGGGCGCGGGGCUCGCAGAGCCCUGCGGUAGCCUGUGUAGAGGAGUCACAGGUAAGGGGCUGCUCCAAAUCCCACAGAUCUGACUACAACGUUAUUAUUAUUUUGCGGGAUUUCCUCCCCCCCUCCCCCCGGUGGGUUUCGGGUGGCUGCAGCUGGAGACGCUGUCUCGAUGGGGGGUUUUUUGGUUGUUUUUUUUUUUUUUUAAACUGCUUAAGUGACAUUUUUUUUAUAGACUUAAGCGCUGUUUUCAUGGACCUUGGACGCUGUUUUUUGGAAAUUAAAAAAAAAAAAAGGAAAAAAAGAACAACUUUUGCUGAAGUCCAAAGAUUUUUAUUGCUGCAUUUCACACGACUGUGAACCGAAUAAAUAGUUCUCCUAUUUGUUCUCUCUCUAUUUUUUUUAAUUAUUAUUAUUCUAAUUAUUUUAUGUUGUGAGUGCGUGCGUG